UGUUAUCAGGUAGUCAACAGUUAAGGAACGCAAGGCUGAGUAUUUUCAAAAUUAUGAGUUACUAAAAAUUAUCGAAUAAAGUAUGGAAAAAAUCACCAAAACUACCCCGGAACUGCCAACACUCGAGGCCAUGUUUACUUCAUACGCUAAGUAUCGACCGGCGCUGAACUCAUUUCAAGGUGAUGGUCAACGGAUACUGCUGUCACAAAGCGAUGCGUGGAUGCAACAAGCACAACUGAUAGGAAAGGAUCAUUUGUUCACCCUCACCGAAACAGGGGUAACAUUUUUCACGUUCAGCAAAUCUACGCUGGAUUUCGAUGAGUUUCAAACGUUUUUGGAAAAACUAUGUGACGGCAAGAAUGUUAACCCAGAGGAAGUUAAGCACAUGUUGGUUACUUGUGGCCCUCCAGGAAUGCUGUCCUGACAUCUAAAAAAACACACAUUGAUUGCGUACCUGAAUCAUGUCAUUGGAGAUGCAUUUGGUUAAAUGUUACUAAAUUUCUAUGGUAAUUGUGUUAAACAAUUUUUAUCUAUGGGAACAUGUUCUUGAACCUUUUCGAUCUAAACAGUCUUUGAAUGUUUCAAGAAAAUUCAUCAUCAUCAAUUAAUCUACAUCGGAGUUGACGGCAACAACUAAAAAAAUCAACUGACAUGCUGGCAAUUUCUUAUGCAUUUUAUUGAAUUGAAUAUGUCGUCUACUCAUUUGGACUGACACUAACAGCAACUAUUUCGUUCAAACUAACAACUGUCGUUCAUCUGCUUAUG